AUGGAUACGCGUCUGAGUCUGAUCAUAGCGCUGUUGCUGGCGGCGUUCCAGGCACGUGCACUAGAGAUCAACGCCAACGCCAAUGCGCAUGCGAAUGCAACUGGACAUGGCGAGAACGGACUGCUGCGUAGCCUGCGUCACGUAUACGCACAGUGUGCGCAAAGCGAUGAUAUCUUCUGGUGCUGCAAGCUACAGGGCGCUCGCCUGCUGGGUCGCGCCUUGAAAGUGCAACAGCUGAGCAUUGUGGACGGCGUUAGUUUGGUGAAGCGCGCUGGACUUGAAACAGACUCGCGCAGUGGACGCGCCAGCUUGGCUGAGAGUCAGCUCAACAAUCGCGAUCUGGAGCACAUGUCCAGCAAGAGCCUGGAUGCGCUGCUGCUCGAGCGUUUCCUCAACUUUGUGCACAGCCAUCAGCUGCAGGUGAAUCUGCCGCGCCUGCUGCGCUAUGGCGAGCGCAACAGUCAGGACUGGCUGCAGCUGCUGCUUGGCUAUUUGCUGCCCGCCGAGGCGAGCACUGAUGGCGAGGGCCGCAAGAAGAAGGACGACAAGAAGUAUUUGGGACCCUUCAUUGCCGCCGUGCUGCUGAAGACAGCCAUACUGAAGAUGGCCUAUCACUCCAUAGCCAUUGUCGCAGGCAAAGCGCUGAUUGUGGGCAAAAUUGCGCUCAUCAUUAGCGCCAUCAUCGGCUUGAAGAAGCUGGUGAGCCACGACGGCGGCGAGAAGACCACCUACGAGAUUGUCAAGCAUCCGCAAGUGCAGCAGAGCCACACCUACUCCUCCAGCCACCAGGGCGAAUACGAUACUGGCGGACACGAUGGCGGCUCCUAUCAUCGCAGCAUCGACGACGAGAUGAUGAUGCAGGACAAGGCCUAUCAUGCUUGGCUGCCGCAGGCAAUGGCUACUGCUGCUGUUACCAGCAACACCAACAACAAAGCAACGCGAUAA